GUGUCGGGUGGGCGGGGUUAGUGUGCAGCACCAUGGCUUCGGUCAGGACGGAGCCGGCUGGUCUAGCCAAGGGCAGUGUGGAUAAAGGUGCGUCUGCAAAAAAAGAGGGACUCGAUCCAGCAAGUAACGGAGAGGAAAAGUCAGACGGAGACAAAGAGGUAGCAGUCAGACUGGCUUCCUCCCCUGCAGCAGAAGUAAUGCUCAACGGCAUCGAAUGUGACGACACGAGGCACAAGAGCCCGACACACGGCUCCACGACAGGCAGCACUAAGACUUCACUGUUGUUAAAUGAAAAUGGGAUGCUAGACCUGGAGCCACCGCACGCUUCUGUUACUGGAAGCAAUGGAUUCAUUUUCACUAAGCAGCAGCAGGACGGCAGCUCUGCAGCGAUGCCAGGUUUGGGAGCUUCCCCUCACAGGACUAACUGGUUGCCCUCGGGCACAUCAGCAGGGGGACAUGCGGUCAAACCUGUCUCGGCAUCAGGGAGUGCACAGACUUCGGGUGCGUUACGGACUGACCCCAGUACGGGGACUACGUUGGGACAGGGUAUAUCGGACACUAAAAAUGGCACAGCGCCGUCUCCUGCACCCGUCACAAUACACAGAGCACGCAAGACCAUGUCCAGGCCUGCUGUCAGCCCGGCACAAAAGCUUCUGAACAGGGAAUUAAGAGAAGCAAAAAGUGCCACAGUCGAGAAAAUGGAGACUAACGUUGCACCUGAUGAGCAGAAAACCUUGCAGCAGUCCUCUCAGAACCAUCUACCUCAGAGUCCACCAGAAACGCCAGCUUCUGCACAAACCACGUCAUCUGCCUCACCAGCACCUCCACCAACCCCAGCUCCUCCGGCCCCCACCAAGCUCCAACUAGGCUCGUUCUCCGGAGGGCUGUCAUCCCGAAAGAAAAAGAGGAGGAUGGGAACGUACAGCCUGGUUCCCAAGAAGAAAACCAAAGUGCUUAAGCAGAGAACUGUGCUAGAGAUGUUUAAGGACCUACACCAAUCGUCGAAGAUCCCACAGACUAAAGAGGCAGUGAACAUAAAUGGGGAGAAGGUGGAAAACGCAUCUGAGGAGGAAGAGUCAGAGGAGGUGGAGUCUGAGGAAGAGGAACGACAGCAGAUGUCAGAAGAACCCGUCAGUGUUCAGGAAACAUCUGAACCCAUCUCCCAGGUGGAGGUUGGAGAUGAGCAGGAGUCUGAAGAGUCUGGAGAAGAGGAGGGAGAGGAGGAGGGAACAGAGUCCGACAUGAGCACAGAGUCGGGUCUGAAGAAGAAGUUGAAAAAGAAAACGAAAGGAGACAGCGCGUGGCUCAGGCCGUCCAGGAAACGGAAGAGGAGGUUAAAGGUCAAAGACCUGGAGCUGGUGGUUCAUCCUCAGGCUUCAGCUCAGGCCCUGGCAGGUGAUGUAAAGGAGUACACGCAGAUUGUCCUUCCUGAGUCCGUCAACGCCAGCAAGCCCCAAGAGCUGGUGGCGCCGCCACAGAAUAAAGCUGUCGUCGUAGGGUCGGCGGUCGAGGAGUCUCAGGAGCUUCCCCUCUGCAGCUGCCGCAUGGAGACGCCCAAGAGUCGAGAAAUUCUCAUCCUGGCCGAUAGGAAGUGCAUGGCCACAGAGAGCGUCGACGGACAGCUGAGCCGCUGCCAAAGUGCCGUACUGAAACACGAGAUGAUGCGUCCCUCCAACUCUGUUCAGCUGCUCGUUCUGUGCGAAGAUCACCGCAAUGGCAUGGUGAAGCACCAGUGCUGCCCGGGCUGCGGCUUCUUCUGCAGGGCUGGAACAUUCAUGGAGUGCCAACCGGACGUCAGCAUCUCUCACCGCUUCCAUCGUGCUUGUGCCUCGGUGCUGAAAGGUCAGAGCUUCUGCCCUCACUGUGGAGAGGAGGCCAGCAAGGCCAAGGAGGUCACCAUCGCCAAGGCUGACACCACCUCCACUGUACCCACCGCGCUCGCUCAUGGACCUGCCACACCCGGGGCCCCCGAGGGUCGCGCAGACACCACCACUGGCAGCUCUUCUCGUUUAGCUGUCGGGGCGGAGACCAGCGGCCGGGCCGACAGCUCCUUUUCUGUUCGUUCCUCACACGGCCUCGACACGUCUGCCGUUCCCGGGUCGUCCAGAACUGCAACACUGCAGACCAUCAUGGGAACCGCUGCUUCGCCAACAGUUCCUCAAGGACCACCGCGAGAAACUCUGGAGAGCAUCCUGGUCGCUCUGGACACGGAGAAGCCCAAGAAGUUGCGUUUUCACCCCAAGCAACUUUACCUCUCGGCCAAACAGGGAGAACUCAAGAGGGUGUUGCUCAUGUUGGUGGACGGCAUUGACCCAAACUUUAAGAUGGAUUCUCAGAACAAACGUACUCCGCUUCAUGCCGCAGCUGAGGGCGGACACAAAGACAUCUGCCACAUGCUCGUUCAGGCCGGUGCAAACCUGGACAUGUGUGACGAGGAUCAGCGGACGCCACUGAUGGAGGCCUGUGAGAACAACCACAUGGAGACGGUGCUGUACCUGCUGAGAGCUGGAGCCAGCGCCAUGCAGAAGGAUGUUGAAGGCUUCACGUGUCUCCACCUAGCGGCAAAGUCCGGUCAUUACAACAUUGUCGAGCACCUUCUCUCCACAGGACUGAUCAACAUAAACUGUCAGGAUGACGGCGGUUGGACAGCCAUGAUCUGGGCGACUGAGUACAAACAUGUUGACCAGGUGAAGCUGCUUCUGUCCAAAGGAGCCGACAUCAGCGUCAGGGACAAGGAGGAAAACAUCUGCCUUCACUGGGCAGCGUUCUCCGGCAGUGUGGAGAUUGCGGAGCUGCUGCUGAACGCCCACUGUGACCUGCAGGCUGUCAACAUCCACGGAGACUCUCCGCUACACAUCGCUGCUCGGGAGAAUCGCCUGGAUUGUGUCACGCUUUUCCUGUCUCGAGGAGCAAAUGUUUUUCUGAAGAAUCGUGAAGGAGAAACUCCUCCAGACUGCUGCAGCCACAACUCCAAGGCCUGGGCGGCUCUGCAGGCCAACAGGAAGGAGAGGGACGCCAAGAACAGCAGACUCAGUCGAACAGAGGAGAAAGUCCUUCACAGUGACAUCGCUCUGGGACAGGAGGGAGUUCCUAUUCCUUGUGUCAACUCUGUGGACAGUGAAACGAUCCCAGACAACUACAAGUACAUCUCAGAAAACUGCGUCACCUCCCCCAUGAACAUCGACAGAAACAUAACGCACCUACAGUACUGUGUUUGUAAGGAAGAUUGUUCGGCAAGUAUCUGCAUGUGUGGACAGCUCAGCCUGCGCUGCUGGUACGACAAG